AGGAAUAGUUCUUGCAAAAUCUCUUAUAUUUAUUCACUUCAUGUUGUUCCAAACUGGCACAAUGUUAUUUUUAAUUUCACAGAGGGAGGAUUGUUAGAUAGACUAAUCUUUAAAGAGUUAGGCCUAUUUUUCUACACGUAUAUUCUUCUAUCUCUGUCUUUGUCUUUUAUUCUUUUUCUGCAGUCAGCGUUGGUGCUGUGCAUGGAUGUGGGUUUCUCCAUGAGCAACUCUGAGCCUGGCCAGGAACCGCCCUUCGAACAGGCCAAAAAAGUCAUUCAGAAGUUUAUCCAGAGGCAGGUGUUUCCUGAGAAUAAGGAUGAGGUGGGUGUGGUGCUGUUUGGUACUGAUGACACUAAGAACCGUCUGGCCAAAGACGGCCAGUAUGAGAACAUCACGGUUCUCCGUCACCUCAUGAUGCCUGAUUUUGAGCUGCUUGAGGACAUUGAGAGCAAACUGCAACCUGGUGGUCAGCAAGCGGACUGUAUCCUUCCAUUUCUGUGUUGCUGUCACACUCUUUAUUGUCGUUUUAGGGAGAAGAAGUUUGAGCGUCUGAACAUCGUCCUGCUGACGGAUCUGAACGUCCAGACCUCAGAAGACCAGCUGGACAUUAUCACUGAGAAUCUGAAGAAAGCUGGUAUCACCCUGCAGUUCUUUCUGCCGUUCCCUGUGGAUGGUGAGGACAGAGCGGAUGGACCGGGAGCGUCUGCCCGUCCUGGAAAAGGCUUGAGCAGACAGCAGACACGAGGUCUGGAGAUGGUCAAACACAUCAUGACCAGUCUAGAGGAGGAGGACGGCCUGGAGGAGGUCUACACGUUUAGUGAUGCUCUGGAGAAGCUGUCCAUCUUUAAGUGCAUCGAUAGGAGGCCGAUGGCUUGGCCCUGUCAGCUGACCAUCGGUGGCUCUCUGACCAUACGCAUCGUCAGAUACAAAGCUAUUCAUCUUCAUCAGUUUAUGGGAAGCCAAGUUGUCAAAGUUUUUGCUCCCAGAGAUGAUGAGUGCUUGCAUCACCGCGGUGUGAAUCCUGACGAUCCCCUGCCGCCCAUUGAGCCGUGGCUGAAGAGGGUUAUAGAGCGGCCCCAGGACGUCUCGGCCCGCUGCCAGGCCCCUCUGCAGGACAUCAAGACCAAGUUCCCACUGAAAGUGGUGGUGAAAAAGAAGGAGCAGAGGACAAGCGCAGACAUGUUCGGCAGCAGGUUGGCAGCGUCUAUCAGUCCGAGAUCUCUGCACGCUGGUUUGACAGAAGACCGUUUCUUUCGAUCAGGCGUGCCAGCAGCUGACCCACAGGAUUGCGCAGUUGCUCGGCAACAGGAGCCCCGAGUACUACAUGAAGAGCGUCGCCUGUAUCCAGGCCUUCAGGGAUCAGUCCGUAUCGGUGAGCUCUCAAUUAAACCUCCGCAUCCAAUCAGGGAUCGCUUAAGGAUCAGUGGUUUUUGUGGGUCGGAGGAUGUUGGGAUUCAUUUCAGACGAUCUGAACCUUACCUAGACAGGAUUUCAGUGCACGUCUGAUUUCAGACACAUUCUGAGGAUCAAAUCACAUUCGCAAAGAAGGCAAACACUUAAUCAUUUAGUCGGUGAACGAAUUAAAAUGGCUUUGCUUUAAUUUAAAGCAGACCGUCUUACCCAGUAUUUGUGUGUGUGAUGUAUUCUUUAAUGCUUAUUAGUGUGUUCAUUAGCAUAGCAGCAUGUCAGCAUCGGCCUCUUUAGAAAUCAACCGCGUGUGGUUUUCUGUGCACUUUGUGUAAACUAUAUACAGAGCAUCUAAAUUACUGACAUAUGAGGUUCUGUGAUGAUGCUUCCUCAGAAGGUAGCUGCCUAUGUAGGCAACUCACUAGGUUUUGGACAGAGUCCACUAUGAAUCAAAUGUUGAAGAUAUUUCUGACGGUGUUAUUUUAGUAUUUUGAAUUUGAUUUUUAUCUUUUUAGUUUUA